AUGACCUGUUAUCAAGAAUUUUUACGUAAUCAAAAUAAACGGGAUUAUGUUGAAAAAUUUCAACAACAUACGAAAAAAUUAUUAGAUAUAUCGCUUGAAUUAUUUGCAAGCGAUUUACCCAACAUGCAAUAUUUAGCAUUAUUAACAAUAAAUAGAUUGUACGAUGUCUAUGUAUAUCAUAAUCUUAUUAAUCCGGGAUGUUAUAAUGCGUGUUAUAUUCCGCAAUCGCGUCGAACAUUGUUUAUGUCAUCGACACAAAUAAGCAAUCCAGAUGAUAUAAUGAGUAAAUCAGAUACAAAUCGUUUACCUAAAACAUCAGCAUUGUCGAAUAUUUUGAAAAAAAUAUCACGUGAUACUGAUGAAAAACGAUCAACAACAACAACAGGAAAAGGACAAGUAUCAUCACUAUCAGGUCCAGGUCCUGGUGGUGGUGGAUCUAAAGAGAUUAUACGUGAUAUACCGAGUAAUUCUUCAGCAUCAAAACGGUGGAUACCAUUAUAUAAUAAACAGACUAGUACAAGUAGUACAUCAAAUACCAACGAUGAUUAUUUUUCACCAAAAACAUCGAUGACAUCUGAAAUGGGAUUUGGUUGUACCACUGGAGGAGCAGAUUCAACAACACAGCAAACAAAUUUUAAGACGUCAAAAUCGAAUUUAUUUAAUAAUUCUAAUUCUAAUGUUGAAAAUACAACUUAUACAAAUGAACCAUUUUCAGUAUUAUAUCAAAUAGAACCGGCCUAUUUAUUACGUAUAAUGCGUACACGUUUAGAAGCGCAUAGAAAAGAAUUCAAUAAUCGUCCAAAAUGUGUACCAUCGACACGUUCACCAUUAUGUACCCAUCAUUGUGUUGUUAUAUUAGCGGCAAGAAUUUUAACAGUUCUAUGUCAAGAUCAAACAUUUCAAACAAAAUUUAUAUCAUCAAAAGAUAAUUUAAAUACUGUAAUCGAAAUGUUGAACAUCAACAAUGAUCCGCACUUGAUAUGUCUCAUUUUACAAACACUUGGCGUUGUUGCAUUAAAUCCUGAUUGUCAUGAUUCGUUACAAACAGCUGAUAUACCAGAUACUGUUCUGCAUCUUAUAUUACCUGCUGAUGAAAUGUUUUAUACAAAUCAGACAACAAAAUUUGCAAGAUACGUCAAACACUUAGGUGCUCGUGUUCUUGUCUAUAUGGGAUUAUUGACAAAAGUGAGCAAUAAAGUGAAUUUAUUUGACAUUCUUGAAUUAGAACCAGAACCAUUGGAUUGUGAAAAACCACAAAGUUUUGAAAAUAAUUUCAUUCAUCAUAUGGCCGUGGGAGAAAAUUGUGUAGGUACAUUAUGGGCAUCAUUUGCUGGUAUCUCAAUAGAAAAAUUAUUAGAUGAACUAUUAAAGAACGCCAUGAAUCAAACAAGUAGUCGAUUACAAACGUCAGUAUCUCAAGAAAACAACAUUCCAACAGUGAGCAAUACCACCAUGGCCGCUACUUCUGUUAUGGGUUCAUGUACUGAGAAUUUACUCUACAAUUUAUCGUAUCUUUCGGCGGUUAUUCAUCCUGUAAUUAUAUUGAGAUUGCUCGAACAUCGUCUGUUUACGCCAUUAUUUAAAAAGAAAUCAACUGCUGGUUCAACAAAACCCGAAACAUCUAUGGGUACUAAAACACAGUUUACUAGUACAACAGCGCCACUACCAAUACCAUUAAUGGGUACCUCUGCAUUAACAUCUAUACCCACUUUACCUCAUCCAAUUGCACCUGUUAAGAGACAAAGAACGUCUGUUUCAAAAGAUCCACCAUCGGGUGGUAAUGAUCGUUUAUCGUUAUUGAAUAAAAUAACACAAUCGACGUCUGAUAAAAGAAAAACAUCUAAACCAAUGAGUAAUAAAAACAAUUCAUCUGUAAAUUCAUCUUAUCCGUCUGUGAUACCGUCUAUAACAGCUUUAACAUUGCCACCAGUGGGUACAGCAGUACCAACGAAUAAUGACUUGCCAUUAAUUGAUGAACGACGAGAUGUUACUAAACCAGUUAAAUUUGAUUUCAGUCGUAAAUGGUUCUGGCGAAAUUCCGAUAAAUCGAAUCAACUUCUUGGUGCUAAUACUAGUGAUCGAAAUCCAUUAUUACAAUCAAUUGUUGAAAACGAUACAUCAUUAUCAACUCGUUCACAUGGAAAAGAUAUGAAAUUAUUAGAAAAGGAAUUAUUAAAUUUACCAACAUUUCAAUUGAGUGAUAGUCAAAAUCCUCUGUUGCCAAGUCCAGUUUGUUUAAGUUAUGAUUUUGCAACACAUUUUGAAAAUGAUUCAAUAUCACCAGGAAACUUUUCAGACGUUGUUUUGAUUAAACAACAAAAUAAACGUUCUCCAGUCACGAUAUCUAAUGGUGCUAUUAUGUAUGGUAAUGGAUCAAAUGAUGAUGAAGCAUUAGUAUCAUCUCAUCAAGACAUUAAUUAUCUUAAUCCACCAACAACUACAUUGAGUAUUCCGUUUGUUGAAGUACUUAUGCCAUCUGAUGAUAGCAAUGGUUCGAAUUUUAAUGGUAGUCUAUCAAGAAAUUCAAACGGUUCCAUCGAUAUUAAUAAUCAUCCACAACCGUCAUCAUCAAAAAUGUCUGUAUGUGAAACGGUUAAAAGUAUAUUUCGUUCAUCAAAAACUAGUGAUAAUAUUCAACAAAAUAAUAAUCAGUAUCAUCCACGCGAUGGUGAAAUACUCAGUAUGCCAUCAAAAUCAUUGUUAAAUAAUGGACAAUCAUCAUAUUUAGCUAAAUCUCUAUCACAACCAAUAACAAUAUUCGACGAUCAAUCAACAUUAACCGAUUCACCACUAAUUAACCAUACUGAACAUACACCAUUAAUUGUCCGAAAAUCAACGUGUAAACCAGACAUUGCAUCGAAAAAUUCUCAAAAAUCAUCAUGUGAUACAAAUCUAAAACGUUUUCGUUUAAAUCGUAAUGGUUUACGUUUACAGUUGAAGUCGGAACCCCUUCAUCGUAGUCAUUCUUGCACAGAUGGUAUUAUUAACAGUCAAAAACAACACCAACACCAAAACAAACAGACACUGCUACUACAUAGUAGUGGUUCUAAGAAAAAACCGAGUACAAACAUAACAAUCAAAAGUUUAGCUGAUCUAUUCGAACAUAAUCCAGUAGCACCGACCAUGUGUGAUAAUAUCAACGGUUAUUUAAGCAUUGGAGAGAGAUAUUCAUUGCGUUCACCAGAUAGCAGUAACUCAUCAAUGUCCGGUUAUUUGUCCCUGAGACCGCAGACAGAAGGAAGAAUAACAUGUUUAAAUGAACUACUGUGCGGGACAAAUAGCAACAAUGAUAAUAAAUCAAGUGAAUCAUUAUUUAGUUUUCCAUCGCCGACACACAAAGAAUGUUCUUCAAAAUCGUUAAUAAUGGUACCAAUGAAAGGUGGUGGUACAACAAAACAAGGCAACGAAAUUCUAUAUCUCAUCGCAAAUUGGGUAUUACGAUCACCCGAAGAUUUUCAAGAUUAUCUUGUUCAAAAGGAACUUCGUAGUUUUUUUGCAUUGUUGGAAUCAUUACGCGAUUCGUUUCGUAGUUGGACAGAUCAAAUCAAAGAAUUAGUACCAUUAUAUGUAGAGGAUAUUGAAUCACCGAGUUGUAGUGGAAUUGAUGUGAGCAACGAAAAUAUCUAUCGAGAGUAUCUGAAGAUGCAACGUGAUAUUGUGUCUGGUACACUAAUUUGUUCGAAAGAAGAAGCAGCCACAUUAGCAGCAUUACAACUUCGCCUUGAAACAUGGCCUGAUGAAAAUUUAGAAUUGACUGAUGAUGAGGAAUUACAAUCACAUGUAAAUACACUUAGUUUAACAUUGAAUUCACCAUCAUCAUUAAUAACAACAACACCAGGAGAGAUAUUGACACCAUGGCGAAAUAGACAUCGUGGGGGUUUCUUUAGAUCACGUUUAGCAAACAUUCCAUGUUGUAAAAGAGUUGAAUCAAAAACUUCUCAAAAUCGAUCAAAAAUACCGUACCUUCCACCAGAAUAUAUUAAUAGCACGGAAAUAAUGAAAUUAAUAAAAGAUAAACAACGAAAAUUAUUUCAUAUAAAUGAUUAUGAUAAUCCAACGAGAUUAAAAGAAUGUUAUGUACGUUUAUGUCGGAAUCUGGCAGCAUACAAUGCAGAAAUCUAUGAUGUCAAAGAAACACUUGGAAAAAGAUCAAAACGAAAGGCUAAUCGAAUAUUGACAAUUCGUCCCGAUAAAGUUUGUCUACUAGAUAUUAAAACAAAAAUUUUACAAAAAGAACAACGUAUUGCUGACUUGGAACAUUGGAUAACAAGUGGUCAUCAUCAAAAUGCUGGUACUAAUGAGUUAGUAUUAGAAUAUCGUAAUAAAACAAAAUGGAAAUUACAAUUAGCUAGUACAACUGAUUUACGAGCAAUAACCGUUUAUCUAUGGAAAAUCAUUAAUAUUGAAGGAUUUGCAGCGUUAGACAAACAUAUACCAAUUAAUAUUCCCAUGAGAUAUCAACAAAAACUAUCUCAACAACAGCAACAACAACAACAAAAUAGUGGUAGAAAAAUGACAUCAAUAUCACCAAAUAUUAAAUCAAAUAAUAAAAAUCCUUAUCAACAAAUUAAAGACGAUUAUCGUACCACCUCAAGUAAUAGUCUAUUUUCUAAAACAAUCAAGAAUACUAUGCGGCCAACAACAACGGAACAUUUGAAAAAUCUUACAAAUCUCAUGACAAAUACAAAUUCUACAACAAUAUCGGGACUUGUCAGAAAUUCUGUCUUUCUAUCAUCGGAUAACACUCAACAAUUAUGUUUUUCAGCUGAUUUAGAAGAAUUAAAAGAUUUAUUUGAUUUUCCCGAAGAAGUUGCACUUCGAUUAACAGAAAUUGAGCAUGAAAUAUUUUUAAGUGUACCACCAUUACAAUAUCUUCGAUAUCUGACAUUAGAUGUUAGUCUAUUGCCGCCAAUAUCAACUACACAAGAAUUAUCAACUCAGGAAAAAAGUAUUCGAAUAUUAGUACAACGAUUUCAUGCCGUCGGUUCAUUUAUUCAACAAUUAAUUGUCUCACAAACGAGUUUUCAUGAAAGAAAAGCCAUUGUUGCUUCUAUCGUUCGAUGUGCAAUAACAUGUUGGCAUUUGGGUAAUUUCAAUGGUGCCAUGGAAAUUUUAGCCGGUUUAAAAAUUGAAGCAUUUCGACCAUUAUGGUUGACUAUUACAGAAGAAGUGCCUAGUUUUAAAUUUUUAACCGAAGCAUUUAAUUCGAAUGAAAAAACCGUACAAUAUUGUGAUGCUGUUAGUCGAGCAUUGGACAUACCAACUUGUAAAGUUGUACCAUUUUUUGGCACAUUUCUAAAAGAUUUACGUUCAAUAUUAUCAAGUGUAUCUAGUAUCACUGUUUUAUGUAACAAAAAUACUCAAAAACCAAUUGAAAAUGUUGCUGAUUUUCAAAAUCAAGAACAUUUUUUAACACGAAUUGGCGUUGGUGGUCUAAUUAAUACACGAAAAAUAGAAUUAGUUCAUAUGGUAUUAAAAGAUGUCGCGGUAUUUCAUAAUUGUCAUCGGCGACAGCCAUUAUUUAAAUGUUGUAAUGAUUUUAAUCGAAUAAAAACCGUGUUUCAAGGUACUGGAACGGAUUUAAAAGAAAAACAUUCAGCAACAGUAACAACAACAGAAGGAAUAGCAGAAAAUAGAACCCAUCAACAGCAACAGCAACAGCAAUAUAGAUCUAAUCGUCAUCAAUCAUUUCCAUGUACAAAUAGUUACGGUGAUAUUGAUCAUAAUCGUGUACCAAACAUUGCCAUCAAAGUAAUAUGUGAUAAUGAUAAUAAUAAGCAAACAAAUCAAACAAAUGUUGCAUUAUCAUAUCGAACAACACUCGAUUUAUAUGAACCAGAAACACUCUAUUGUUUAAACGUUUCAUUUUAUCAACCCAUUAUGAAUCAAAAACAUAAUCAUGAAGUAUCACUUUUAUCGUUACAUCAUAUUAUCGAUUUUAAUAAUUUACAAACAUUACGACAUGGUACCACAUUAAUAUUAUACGAUGAAGAAUCAAUGCAUUCAUGUUUAGUUUCUGUUCGAUUAGAAUUAGAUAAUUGUACAUUAACAUGGACUAAACCAUCUUGGGAUACACAUCAUAGUGUAGAAAAUAUUAAUCCACAAAAUCAUAUAACAAAUGAUGGUAUACAUUUUUCAUUAUUAAUGAAACGUUAUAUUUUAAGAGAUAUUGCUUGUGUUGAUAUGGAAGAAUCUUAUCCAUCAUCAGGAUUUUUACAAUUAAAAUAUGUUAAACAUAUUCGAUCUGGUAUACUUAAUUGUGAUCUUGUCUCAGUUAUUAAACGACAUAAAUUAAAUGAUAUAACAAAUCAAGAAAAUUGUUUUACAAUUAUUUAUGGAUCAACAAUUAAUGAAAAUAAAAAUUUAUGUUUUAUUAGUCCAAAACAUUGUUCUCAAAUAUGGUAUUCAAGUAUUGAAAAAUUAUUAUUUCAAUAUCGUCGUCAUCGUCUAUGUUCAGAUCGUCGUAUUCAAUGGUUAAAAAUUCAAUAUUUAUCAUCAUAUUAUGAAAAUGAACGAUUUCAAGGUCCAACACCAAUGGAAGCUAUUUUAGCUUUUGGUGGUCGUCAAUGGAAUUCAAAUUCACUAUUUUUAUUUGAACGUGGUGAUCAUCCUGGUGCUACAAAAAAAAUGAGCACAAUGAAAUCAUUAUCAAAUUUAGGUUUAAGAAAGAAAAAUAAUAAUAGAACUGAACAAUUAAUUAAAUCAAGUUAUUCAACUGAAUCUGAUCCAACAAUAACAUCUACAUGGCGACAUAAUAAUUCAAUGGCUACUCAUAAUAAAUCAAAAACACUUGAUUAUAAAACAAAAUCAUCUAUUUUAGGAGCAGCAUUUAAACCUCGCUAUUUUCAUCAACAAUACUCAUCAAGUCCAAAACAUCGUAAUAAUAAAAUAAUAAAUCCAAUUAGUGCUUUAACAACAAGUGUUGUUGGAAGACGAAGUGGUGGACGAAUUCCAUUAACAAAUCAAUUGGGUAAUGAUGGUAAUACAUCACCAUGGAUUAUUAAUGAAACAUAUAUGGAUUUUGCUGAAUUUGUUGAAUUAUUUAAAUCAUUUUAUUUUCAUUGUCGACGUGAUUUAAAAGAUUUAUUUGAUAAAUUUUCAUGUCAUUUAAAUAUUGAUCAAGAUUUUACAAUUAAAGAACAAUAUAAACAUGAUUUAAUUGAUGUACCAAGACAUUUAUCCGGUUUAAUUACACGAAAUAUUGUUGAUGAUAUAACGGAUCAAAAUAUUCAUCGUAUUUAUGAUAUGAUUGCCAUAUCAUCUAUACCAUGUUAUGCUAUUAGCACCGAUAGUAAAGCAAAUCAUUUAAUAACAAAAGAACAAUUUAACGAAUUUUUAAUUGAACAUCAAAAAGAAACAAAAACAAUUUAUGAAAUUGAACAAAUUAUAUUGCGUCAUGAACCAAAUAAACAAAAUCGUAUUAAUAAAGUGUUCUCAUUUGAAGGAUUUGCCAAAUAUUUAAUGGAUAAAGAAAAUUAUGCAUUUAUUAAUGAACAUACAAAAGUGAAUGAACAAGAAAUGGAUAAUCCAUUAUCAUACUAUUUUAUUGCUUCAUCACAUAACACCUAUUUAACUGGACAUCAAUUACGUGGUGAAUCAUCAAUUGAAAUGUAUAGAGAAGUAUUACUUUCUGGAUGUCGUUGUAUUGAACUUGAUUGUUGGGAUGGCGAAGAUGGAUCACCAGUGAUUUAUCAUGGUCGUACAUUUGUUAGUAAAAUAUCAUUUAAAUGUGUUGUGGAAGUUAUUAAUGAAAGUGCAUUUGUUACAUCUCAUUAUCCUGUUAUAUUAUCAAUAGAAAAUCGAUGUUCACUUAUUCAACAAGGACGAAUGGCACAAAUAUUUUUGAGUAUAUUUGGUGAUAAAUUGGUAACAAAACAUAUGUUUGAUACAGAUUUUUUUGAAGAUCCAAUGUUACCAUCACCAAAUCAAUUAAAAGAUAAAAUUUUAAUUAAAAAUAAAAAAAUAAAUAAAAUGCAUUCGACAACACAAUUAAGUAAACAAAAAGUACAAUUAGCCGUAAAUCCAUAUCGAAGUUCAAGUGGUGCAGAUGAUAUUGAUAUAGAUGAUGAUGAUGAAGAUGAUGAUGAAGAGUAUCAAGACGAAAUGUUUGAGAUAAUGAGAAGUAAUUCAAUGACAGAUUCACCAAUGUAUGGUUUGAAGAAAGGUGCUGAUGGAUCAGAAUUAGAUGAUCAAUAUAGUCGUCGACAUAGUAUAUUAACAUCAGCAGAUUCAACAAUCCGACAACGUUUAAAAAGCAGUACUAGCAGUGAUAAUCAAAAGAAACCAAUAGUUAAAACAUUAGUAGCUAAAGAAUUAUCGGACAUUGUUAUUUAUACGCAAGCAGUAAAAUUUCGUGGUUUAAAUUAUUCAUCAAAUAUCAAUUCCGUUUGUCUCGUUAGAAAUGUUGUACGAAAAGCACCUAGACGUCAAUUACAACAAGGAUUAGUAGCUCAACCAAGUAUAAGUAGUUCUGGUACUGAAAGUUCUCGUUCAAUUGAUCAAGUUGCACCAUGUCAUCAAAUUGUUUCAUUAAUCGAAAAUAAAGCUAAAAAAUUGUGUAAAAAUCAAGCAAUGGAUAUGAUUACUCAUACAGAAAGUCAAUUAAUACGAUGUUAUCCGAGUGGAUUUCGAGUUGAUUCAUCAAAUUUUAAUCCUUUAAGUUUAUGGGCAUGUGGAAUUCAAUUAGCAGCAACAAAUUAUCAAACUGUGGAUGCUGGUCAAAUACUCAAUUUAGCCAUGUUUGAACAAAAUGGACUAUGUGGUUAUGUGUUGAAACCAAAUGUUUUCUGGGAUAAAGAUCAUCCACAAUAUGGACGAUUUAAUCCGUGUUCAAUGGAACGUGAAGGUGCUUGUUUUGAAUUAACAUUAACUAUCAUAUCUGCUCAGUAUUUAACCCAGAAUACGGGCUCAAAUACGAGCGUAUACAUUGAAUUAGAAGUAAUUGGCAUACCAAUCGAUUGUAUGUCUCGUAAAACAAAACCAAGUGUCAAAAAUUCGUUAAAUCCAAUAUGGCAAGAAACAUUUAUCUUCCAAGUGUUUUUUACUGAUCUGGCUUUCAUACGAUUUCAUAUUUAUGAUGCAAGUAGUAAUCAUUUAGUUGCACAGCGUGUAAUACCAUUAAAAUGUUUGCGUCCCGGUUAUCGUCAUGUUCGAUUAAGAGAUAUACAAAAUGUUCCAUUUGAUUUAUCAACAAUAUUCAUCUAUUCAAAAUUAAUCGAAACAAUUGUAAUUCGACCAGCCGAACAAGAUCAUACUACAUCAAAUACACCACAUAUGUUUCGAAAUCGUCUACUACGACGAAUUGAACAAGAAACAACUACAGGAAUGAGUCGUGAAUCAAUAAGACCAAAACAUAAAACAUUUGAAGUGAAAGUUUAUGGUAAAGAGAGUCGUGACGAAGAUUUUAGAAUAUUUGCUGUAACACAAUAUACAACUGUUGAAGAACUAUUAGAAUUGAUAUCCAAAUGUACAGAAUUUUUUAAAGUUGGUGAUACAAUAAAUGAUUUUAUGCUAAUUGAAUCAUCAAAAACAUGGAAAAAAAAAUCAAAAGAUACUCAUCAACGUGUAUUAGGAGAACAUGAACGUAUAUUAGAAGUAAUUGAUCGUGUAGGUAGAGAGACAAUUAUUUUGUGUAAGAAAAAGUCAACAUCAGAUAAACAGACAUUAGCAACAUUAAUCGAUCAAAAUAUUCAUAAUUGGGAAAAUUGUGAUAGAACAUUUUUGAUAACAAUUUAUAAUAUUUCACAGUUACAAAAACAUACCACAUUUAGAACUCCAAUAUCAUCGACAGCUAUUCAUGUGAUUACACAGUUGAUGACAAAAACUCGUAGUAUGCCUGGCUUACCGCAAGAUUAUGGUUUAAUCGAAGAAACAGACUUGAAUAUAAGUACAAAACCAACAACAAACAAUGCUACACGUCGAAUUCCAUUGAAACGAAGAUUAUUAAAUGAUGAUGAAAAAAUUUAUGAUAUACAACGAUUAUGGAAUUCUGGUCAUUCAAAAUUUGUUCUAUGUAAAAAAGUAGAGUAUUCUGCUGAAACAAACAAUAAUCGACCAUUUACAGAUAAAUUUCUUAUGAGAUCAUUAACGAGACAAAAAACAAUGGACUGCGAUUCUCAUGAAGAUCUACAUUUAGAUCAGCCACAUUCCAUUCCAAUGUCAUCGACUUUAACAAAUGGAAUCUCACGUAGAAUUCCAUUGACACAACGUUCUAUCAAAAAUAUGCUAUCAGUUAAAUCCUGA